AAGUGGAAAGAAAAGAUGAGAAGGGGUGGAUAAAUACUAAGGUGGAAAAUAAAGUAGCCAAUGAGAAAUCAGCGUAUGAAGAAAUAAAAGGAAAACAAAAAGGAUCGAAAAAAUAAGUGAGAAAUGGUAAACGAAGCAUGACUAAUAAAAAGUGAAGCGUUCAUUCAUCCCAUGUUGACUGAUGGUACCAGGAAGACCACCUCUCAAAUUGAAAGUGUUUCCACCUCCAAACAUGAAAGUCUUCCUGGGUAUGGUUUUAAUGUUCACAACACAGUUGGUAACCAAGGUUACAGCCAUCAAUCGGUUGAACAAGUCGGGGAACGUGUCAAUAGGGUUUCUGGUUUCACUUCAUGGAGAAUAUUCAAGCGCUAUUGAGAAUUGCACACGUUUUUACUUGCCUGGUGUGAACCGCGUCGAAGCGCUUAUCUACGCUGUCGACAAAAUCAAUAAUGACUCGGAACUCCUUCCGAACGUCACCCUCGGGUACGAUAUCCGAGACUACUGCAAUGAUCGAGGAAUCGCAAUGAAAUCCGCUUACGAAUUUAUAACGAGCAACUCGUUCACUUUCGAUUCCAUUACCGAGUAUUCUACGAACGCACGAAAUUUUUGUCGUCAAUGUAUGAAUGAGGUUCGGAAUCAUUCGGAUUCUAUCGUUGGUGUGGUCGGGCCAUUCGGUUCUCGCAACUCGCUCCAAGUGGCAGGACUAAUGCGCGUUGUAGGAUUAGCAGGGAUAAGUCCUUCAGCGACCAGUGAAGAACUGAGUUGGCCUUUUUAUGAUCAAUUCUUUCGUACCGUUCCUCCAGAUAACCUCCAAGCAAAAGCAAUGGCGGAUCUAAUUGAUGAAUUUGAUUGGAACUACGUUGCCGCUGUAGCGGUAGAACACUCGUAUGGUCUCUACGGAAUACGCGCUCUAGAAAGAGAAGCACUAGAAAGAAAAACCUUUUGUAUUGGAUUCACAGAAUACAUUGCGCCCACAGACUACCAGCGGAAUCUACCUAUCAUUGUAGAACGAUUAAAAAGAGCUGCGCACGUGAAAGUGGUAGUCUUGUGGAUCGAAGAUCGGAUUGCUAAAGACCUAAUGAAAGAAGCUGCUAAACAAAAGCUUUAUUAUCGCAUUUGGGUGAUGAGUGACUCCCUCGCUACGAAAAACCCAGAUUUCCUUGGUUCUGAUUUCAUCUACCUGGGAAUAUAUCUCGGUAUUCAGCCCAAACAGUACAGAGAUAUUGAAUAUGAGAAUCAUCUAAAAGGGUUGACUCCCAAGAAAAGUCUCAAGUUGGAAAACAAAUUUUGGGAGACUGUUUGGAAAGAGGAGUAUGGUUGUGUAGCGAACUUAAAUGCGUCCAACACCCAAGGAUCCUGUUCUGAAAACUUCACUAUUUCCACCAUCUUCAACAAACUAUCCGACGACUUUGUCUCAUAUCAAGUCGACGCAGUCUACGCAAUUGCGCAUGCGUUAGAUAAGAUAUACCGCUGUAAAAAGGGUCAGGGGCUCUUAAAAGGCGGAGAAUGUCCCUCGACGUCUCCAUCGAUCAAUCCACAUCAUGUUCUAAUGUAUCUAAGGAAUGUCAGCUUUAAAGGUAUUACUGGACGGAUACAGUUUGAUGAACUUGGAGAUCCUUACAGUUCAUCGUACGAUAUUAUCAGCUUUCAACAGAACGACGGAGUUGGACGGCACAAUAAGGUGAAAGUCGGCGAUUGGUUUAAGAAUCGCAGCUCAAAGCUCAAGAUCUUUGAGGGUGCGAUUGCGUGGAACAGUAGCUCUGGUAUUCCUAAAUCCGUGUGUAAGGAUGUUUGUCCACCAGGGACGAUGCAGACAACUACUAUUGCUUGUUGUUGGGAAUGUUUGAAAUGUCCGGACGGGACCAUCACGCAAUCGCACGGGGCAAGAAACUGCACAAGCUGUUCAGCAAUGCAGCUCUCAAGCGAUGACAGAAUCACGUGUAUUGAUCUACCAAUCAUAUCACUCAAAUGGUCUGACAUCACAGCUAUUGUUAUCGCGAUUAUAACAAGCAUAGGGUUAUUGCUGUGCGCUUUUGUGAUGUUCGUCUUUGUUCGCUACAGGGAUACUCCUAUCGUCAAGGCAUCUAACAAGGAGCUUAGCGCAGUAAUUUUGCUUGCUAUAGUCUUGUGCUAUGUACUGACUUUUCUUCACAUCUCAGGUCCAUCGGAUGAGUUGUGCUCCGUCGUUGAACCAUUGCGAUAUGUUAGCUUGACCAUCUGCGUUUCCGUACUCGUUUUGAAAACGAUUCGGAUUCUUCGCGCGUUUGAAACGCGAGCCAUGCUUCAAUGCAUUAGCAAGAAUCUUAUCUUCGACACCAGAAAGCAGUUUAUCGUUGUGCUCCUUAUCAACGCCCCGCAACUUCUCUUACUCGCUCUCUGGAAAGGUACCGAUCAACCAUCCUUGAAGAAAGAGAUCGUCGCUAAAGUGUCAAUUCUGUUGUCAUGCCAACUGUACAAGACAACCGCUGGCUUCACCUUCCACAUGUGUAUGGUGGCGUACCUCAUCAUGUGGUCUCUAUUCUGCGCCUACUAUGCGUUUAAGGCGAGGAAUCUUCCAGAGAACUUCAACGAGGCAAAGUACAUUGGGUUUUCUAUGUAUAUUCUUCUACUGUCUUGGAUAACCUAUUUUCCCGUGCAGUAUACCCUUGAUGGUUGGUAUGUAACAGUGGUGUCAUGCGCGACAAUCCUUGUCAGUUCAUACGGGUUCUUAAUUUGCAUUUUCGCGCCAAAAAUACACGUUGCUUUGUUUCAUCCAGAGCGCAAUACCAGUGAGUUCGUGCGCUCGACAAUACGACAACAUAAAUCCAGUGAGGUUGAACCAGCUAGAGAUGUGGCACAAGCAUUAAGUGGAACAAUAGUUGGGGCGUCGCCAUUAGGAGCUAAGAUCACAACCGAGGCGUGACAGAAAUGAUUGACUUUGUUCAAAGAAAUUUUGAAGAACAUUAUCUAUACACCGUUCUUAUAAUGCCUGACAAAUGCACAAAAAUGAGGCCACCCAGUCGUCUUACAAGGCUGAGGAAGACUGCUCAUUCAGAAUAAAGGAGGUUUUAAGGUCAAAAGAAAAGGUCAUUUUCUAAACUUUUUUUCUAUAAACUCAUUUCAUGUGUUUUUAUAUCUUUGAUUGUGAACUAAUGACCGGGUGACCUCAUUUUCUUGCACUUGUCAGCCAUUACGAGAUAUCCGCGGGAUAUAUAGAAGAAGACGUAAUUUACGUAUUGAUGGUUUUCAACCCAUUCCCAAGAGAAUUAAAUAACAAAAGACGCGGCGGCCAUGUUGGAGAUAUAACAAAAGAAUUCAUUGACAAUUCUUUUGUUAAGUUCCUCCAACAUGGCCGCCCUGAAAACCAUCAAUAUAGCAAAAAUAUAUCAAGCAUACAUUAUAAACCUAUUAACCCAUCUGCUGGUCAGGCUCAUUCAAUAUUCAUUUACUCUUUACACAUUAAGAUAUUAAAAAAGCAUUAUAAAUCUGUAAAAGGACAGGAAUAAAG